CAUUUUCAAUGUCCCAAGGCCCCGAAUGGCUAGCAACCCAGAUUCUAACAUUGCACACCACAAGAUGUUGCAUUAGGCCCUUACCAUUAUUGGCGUCCCGAGCUUUAUGAAAUGCAAAGAUAUAAGGUCGCAGCAGCACAGAGAACUCAGAAACAGCUUCAAAACCUCAAGUUUCAACAUGUUGUUGAAAAGCUGAUAAAGUAUGGGCCUAGGAUUCGAGCUUCUUACCACAAGUACCUCGAUUUCAAUGGCGAAACAUUAGCUUGGAUGAUGGCUGUUGAUGCUUCGUUCUUGCUUGAGUUCCUUCAAAUCUUUGCGUUCAAACAAGGUAAGGAACUAACUAGAGUCUCAUCAAGAAUGUCACAUUUGGUUGAUGUUGCAGGAAGAAAGUCUGCAUAUAAUGCUAUUCUCAGAGAUAUAGUCAUGCUAGAGAAUCAAAUUCCAUUAUUUCUACUGAGAAAGAUGUUAAAAAUUCAAUUUUCAUCAAUGGAAUUAGCAGAAAACAUGCUGGUUUCAAUGUUAAUGGGUUUGGGUAAAGAGCUUUCUCCAUUCAAAUUCCUGGAAGAACACCCACAUCUUCAAAUUUCAAAGCGUGCUCAUUUGCUUGAUGUUUUGUACCAUGUAUUCAUGCCGGAAUUCGAAGAACCAACGGAAAUAACUGAAGCCGAGGAAGAUAGAGAAAAGGAAGGUGAAGGUGAAGGUGAAGGAAACUCUUUGGGGGAGUCAAGUCACAUUAAACAAUGCUUUGGUGAGGUUUGGAAGUUUAUUUCCAAAUUAGAUCGCGGCGCACUACGUUCCAUCAAGAGGUUAUUAUUUUCAAGACCUAUUAAAGUCAUAUUAAAACUACCAUGGACAACUGUUUCUAAGCUUCCUGGAUUCAAAGUCUUGAAACAAGGUUCUGAAUAUUUCUGCUUACCACAUGAUAAAGAAAACAUUAAGCCUGAAAAUGAGAAUUCUAAUGACAAACCCCUGUUGGUUGAGGAGAUUUCAAUCCCUUCUGUCACACAACUCUCUAGAAAAACCUAUCUAAAAUAUACUGGGAAUCAAAGAACGGAGAAAUGGGAGGAGAGAGAGAAAUAUCUUGCACUGUCGCCGGAGUUCCAAGCUGGAGAUAGUGAGAAGAGAGUGGGGAGAUAG